GGCGCUGUAAUCGAUACUGACAUCUGACAUCUAACAAUGUCAAUAUUUUUAAGAAUUUUAUUAUUGCCAAAAAUAACUCUCUAGGAAAAGUAAUAUUUGUAAUUUUAUAGUUAUCUAUUAAUUAAAUGGAAAACGAAAUAUAAGUUUUUCGAAAACCGAGUUUAUACUGCUUAACACGAUGGAAUCUGACAAGGACAACACUUUCAAUUCGUUUUACACAGAGGUGAAAGAAAUCGAAAAAAGAGAUUCAGUAUUAACUCCGAAGCAACAAAUAGAAAGACUGUUAAGGCCGGGUGCUACAUAUCGAAAUUUAAACCCCUUUGAUGUUUUACAAGUGGAACCUGAUACGUCCCUUGAAGAAAUCAAGAAAAAAUACCGCAGAUUGUCAAUUUUAGUUCAUCCUGAUAAGAAUCAAGACGACCCAGAUAGGGCACAACAGGCCUUUGAAGCUGUAAACAAAGCUUGGAAAUCUCUAGAAAAUGAGGAGACUCGUAAAAAAUGUAUGGAUAUCAUAGAAGAGGCUGAAGGCAGAACGGAUCUGAUGCUGGCCGAGAAACGAAAAAAGGCCAAAAAAGAUGGCAAAGAUAAGAUUCCGGAGGACGAUCCAGAACAACGCAAACAUGCGGUCUAUGUUUUGACAAUGAAACUAUUUGCAGAUUUAGAGAGAAAAAGGAGAGACCUGGCCGAACGGGACCAGGAAGAGAGGAAAAGGAAGAGAGAGCAGGAAAUUGACGAGGAGGAGAAGGCAAAGGCGCAGAAAGAGUGGCAAAAGAAUUUUGAGGAAUCAAGGCAAAAUAGAGUCAAUAGUUGGCAAAACUUCCAAGCUCAGGGUAAAUCGAAAACGAAAAAGCUGAAAUCGUUCAAACCGCCGAAAAAUAAACCAGAAUCAAGGUAAACUAACUUAGAAAAAAUGUAAGACUGUUAUGUUUCUUUCUUUGCAUAGGUCAACGUCAAUUUAAAAUACAUAAUGUAUUAUUUUAUGCUUCGAUAUUUAGCUGUAAAUGGUCUUGAACUACUUGUAUAUAGUUAUAAGGGAAAUAAUUUUCUGCAACAGUAUCAAUUUAUUUUGUUUGAAUUGUAAAAAAAUUAAGUGAAAUUUGGGCUGAAUUUAUUUUAUUAAUUUCUAACCAAGUGAUAAAAUUAUCAGAAAUUUAUUAUGUCCAUAUUCUUUAUUUACUAAUUUAAAUAAACGCAUAUAUUAAUUUCUGGUUAGCAGAAAGUUUAUUUAUAUUUACUAUUUAGUUUUAGGUUUAGGCAAUAAAGAUGUGUUUUUGUGCAAUCAUCUUUUUAUUGGUUUAAAAAUAAAAACACAGUUUUUUAUUUGUAAUAAAAACC